GUUGUUGAAUUCUACUCUAGUGUGAUUUGGACGGAAACAGGUUAGGUUGUUUCUUCCAUACUUUUAGGUUAAAGUCUGAUCUCCGUAUUUUUAUUUAUCUGUCACUUCAAUCAUUAUUACUUACAAUUUGUUUCCUUUUUUUAGUUAACGUUACAUUAAUAAUUCAUGAUAGAAAUGAAAGGAAAACGCAAAGGUGUUUCAAUGAAAAAUAAAAAAUCAUGGAGAAAACACACAGAUAUAAAAGACGUGGAGAAUUUCCUUGAUGAUCAAAGACUAGAAGAACGUCUUGGAGGAUCAUUCAAUGAGAGAAAGGACAAGGAUAUUUUUGUUGAUGACAAAACUCCUGAUACUGAACUUUCAGCAAAGAUUAGCAACAAAAAAAUCAAUGCUUCUCAGCCACUCAGAUGCUUCCAGCUGCUCCAACCGUGGACUUCUGUCCCAGAUCCCAUCACAAAAAGAAAUCGUGUCAGAACUAAAGAAGAAAGAAAGUCUGCAAUUCGCAAACUGAUUGAAGAGACAAAGAGGAAGAAUGGCAUUGUAAAGAAAAAGGAUUUAAUUUCAAAACAGUCAAGACAAAUAACUAAAGCCUUGAAACAAAAUGUACCAAAACGUGGAGAGUUUAAAGAAGACAUCUGGGAAAAUGAUGAAAAAAAUCCUCUUGGAGAUGGAGAAUGGCUUGAUGAGGAGACUAACCGCCAUGUGCUGAAGAGUAUUGGGAAGCUUAAGGUCAGGCCAUCGAAAACUUAUGCCAAAAACCGGUCAAAAGUGUUACCCUCUGGUUUACCAGCUACAGAAGCCCCUCAUCCUGGUUUAUCAUAUAACCCUAGUUUUACAGAUCAUCAGGAUUUGCUUACAAAGAUUGCUGAAAAAGAAAUGAAACUGAUGAAAGAAGAAGAACACCUCAAUAGGGUCACCUCAAAUAUGUUCUCUAAAGUAACUCCUGAAGAAAAUUAUAACCUGUGGAUGUCGGAGAUGUCUCAAGGUCUAGACAAGACUCCCGGGAGCGAUGACGAUAAUGGUGGAGAGUACUCAGCAAUAAACCCACCCACUUCAUUUUUGAAGAAAAAGACACUGAAAACCAGAAGGAAACUUAAGGAAGCGAAGAAAGAAGCUCAUGAGAAGCAGAAACUUAAAGUGGAAAAGAAAAAAUCAGCUGAUAUUUACAGAUUAAGAUUGAUGGCUAAAGAAAUCAGCAAUAAAGAACAGAAAUGGGCAGCAGUGAAAGAGAAGAGGCAGAAGAAAAAAGCCUCUGAAGUGAACAGGACCAAGAAACUGGCAAAGCGGAAGUUUGAGGAGCCAGACAUAGAGUUUAACCGACCCCAUGAGAUUGCAGGAAACCUUCGAGCUCUGCAACCCGAGGGCAACAUACUCUCAGACCGAUUUCACAGCAUGCAAAAGCGAAAUAUCCUAGAAGUGACUGCAAAACAGCUCAAGUGUCACAGAAGGAAAGUGAAGAAGUUUUUCAAACCAGGCCACAAAGUGGAAGAACCUAUACUUAAGAAAUAAUGUUUAUUUCAUUAAACGUAUUUGUUACUAAAAAA